CGUACCACAAAUUAAUUUAUUCCCCUACCAGACUUGUAAACAAGAAGCUCCCCCCACCCUGACCCAGAGGGGUCCUGUCCUGAUGGAUCCCAUCCCAGGGAUCCCAUCCCAGGGAUCCCAUCCCGGGGAUCCCAUCCCAGGGUCCCCUUCUCAUCCAUUCCCCAGCCCAGAAAUGUGCAAACCCAACCCCAGUGCAAAGAAAGGCUUUGGCAGGGGGAGCCCUGGGUGCCGUGAGGGGGUCCAGCACACAGGGAACCCCAGAAGUUGUGGGUUUGGGGGCGCAGAGCCUCCGGCAGCCCCUCCUGAAGGCAGCGAGCACUAGAGGGCAGCAGGGCCCAGCGCUGGGCGGCGGGAGGGAGGCAUGGAAAUCAAAUAAAAUAAUAAUUAAAAUACCAAAAUACCAAUAAAUAAAUAAAUGGAUGGAUGGCCAGGUGAAGGGGGCGGGGGGAGCAGGGGGUGUUGAGUCCCUUCUCCUCUGACAACGAGUCUCUCCUCCCCUACCCAAAUGUACAAAAUAUAUUUUGGCUAUCUGAGGUAAAUAACAAGGUAGUAAAAAAAACAAGAGAGGGAUGAACGUUCCUGGUGUUUCCUCGCCCUUAAAAAAAUAAAGCAUCAUAAAUAGUUUUAAAGAAAAUAUGAGGAUGUCCCCCCUCUCUCUCACUCAUAAAUAUAGAUUAUAUUAUGGAUAAAAAAUACGUUUUUCUCUCUAUUCAAAAAGUGGAAAAAUAGAGGAAAAGAAGGGGUUGUGCCCAAAAGGAUGAGGCUGGGAAGAGCUGCCUGGUUCCAGGAGCUCCUGCAAUGUGCCUCUGGGAAUGAAAAGGGAGAACCGAGCACACCCCCCUGCCAUGGGCGAGUGCGGCAAGCUGAGGUCCUGCGAGAUGUGCACGGGCAGCAGCCACCCCCACAACGGCACCGAGUGCGUCUGGGUGGGCUGCGGGACCCCCGAGGAGCCAGAACCCGGGAGCUGCGUGCGGAGAGGCUCGGCCGUGCGGGAGAGCUGCGCCCUCUUCAACAGCAGCAGCCUGUGCAGAGCACUGAAGUCCCACACGGAGGAGCCUCCACGAUCCCAUAGCAAGGAGCCAGUGACACACCCCACAAGGACCACCACCACCAGCGCCCCGCUGACGGGCAGCCCCGAGUUCCACCCGCCCGGCUUCGACACGGCGAGUUUCAUCGGGGGCAUCGUGCUGGUGCUGUGCGUCCAGGCCGUCGCCUUCUUCAUCAUCAAGUUCAUCAAGUCAAAGGACAGCACCUACCAAACGCUAGAGGACAACCAGUAGGUUCUGGGAGCAGUGGGGAGGGGGUGUCCCCCCGCACCCCCGGAGCUUCGCCCUUCCCUGGCACCUCCCCGGGCACGGGGGGAUCCUGGACCCUCCCUCCCGGUUUGCAUGGCGGCUCUUGGGUGUUCCCAGCUGGUUUUGCUGUUCCCUGCGAGCUCUUAGGGAUGGAAAGGAAGGGGAUGCCCCCAGGAGAUCAGGGGUGCAGCCCCUAGAGCCCCUCCUGCCACCUGGGUGAGGCGUCCCAGUGUCCCCAGUGUCCCCAGCCUCACACAGCGGGGUGCAGCCCCCUCACCCUGAGCCUCCUUGACAGCACAGCCUGCAAGGCUCCCAGUUUGGCCCCAGUUUGGCCCCAGUUUGGCCCCAGUUUGGCUCCUAGUUUGGCCCCAGUUUGGCUCCCAGUUUGGCCCCAGUUUGGCCCCAGUUUGACCCCAGCAGCCCCUGCCCCCCUGCCUGCCCACAGCCUUUGGGGGUCCCCUCGUCCCCUCAGGGACCCUCGGGUGCUUUUCCCUCUGGCAGAGCACCCACCCUGCCCUGCCAGCCCCAGCCCCCGGGGAGAGGAGCCAGGGCCCUGCUGUGUGCUUUUGCUGUGCCUCUGUGUGCUCUGGGGGGGUCCCCUCUCCCCCACCCUCUUUCCGUGUGCUGUUUUGGGGAGGGGGCUGCGUGUCGUGUGCCGUGGGGUGACACUUGUAGCUCGGGCUGCCCCCCAUUAAACUCUGCGAGGUGGUGUC